AUGCAUCUCAACGCUGCUUUGGCCAUUCUUGCGGCCUCCCAGGUCGUCCUGGCUGCCCCUGCCACGGAUGAGGUUCAGGUCAACCCUGGGCUCCGCUUGAUCAAGACUUCUGAGGCCGAUCCUGGUACUUGGGUCACGGAGGAGCAGAAGAUCGAAAAUUACGUCAACAAGAACAUUGGCUUCAUUGACAUCACCGACAUCACCGAUAUCGAUGUUCUCUCUGUGCUCUCGACCCCGCCUGAAUCCGUCCUCGAGGCCAGGCAGUCCGUCACGUACCCUACAACGUUGUCCCACGUCGACGAGGCCAACUCGUUGAUUGCCAAGGUCUCCACUACCCAGCCUCAGUCGUGGCUCAAGACAUUGACCGACUUCUACAACCGCUACUACCGUUCCACCUACGGUACUCAGUCUGCCACCUGGUUGUUCAACCAGGUCAAGUCUGUUGCAGCGGCCAACUCUGCCAUCACCGUCUCGCAGUUCACUCACUCGUGGAACCAGCCUUCCAUCAUCGCCAAGAUUCCUGGCACCAGCUCCAACCUGGUGAUUGUCAGUGCCCAUUUUGACUCCACCGGCGGUUCGUCCACUGCCCGCGGCCCGGGAGCUGACGACAACGGAUCUGGUGUUGUCGUGAUUCUUGAGGCUCUGCGCGUCCUCGCCAAUGCCGGAUACAAGCCCAAGAACACCCUCGAGUUCCACUUCUACGCUGGCGAGGAGGGCGGCCUUCUCGGCUCGCAAGCCGUCUUCUCCAACUACAAGUCCGCUGGCAAGAAGGUGCUCGCCGUCAUGAACCAAGACAUGGCUGGUUACUCGCCCUCUGGCAAGGUCUCCGUGUACAACGACUACGUUGACGCCGGCUUGACCAGAUACGUCCGUCUCAUCGCCACUCAGUACACUGGCAGCACGCCUACCAGCGACACCUGCGGAUACGGAUGCUCCGACCACGCCAGUGCUCGCGCCAACGGCUUCCCCGCUGCCUACGUUUGCGAUGAGCCUAUUGACACUUCCACUCCUUACAUCCACAGCUCCCGCGACAGCUACGACACCAUUCAAUGGCCUGCUGUACUUCGCCACUCCAAGUUCACCGUUGGGUUUUUGGUCGAGGCCUCAUACUUGUAG